CGCACUACACGCUGGCUGUCGAAUUCACGGCACAAACAUUGCCGUCAGUUUACGGCAGCUACUAUAGCAAGCUGUCGUCCGGUCUACCGUAUCUGUGAAAGGACCUGGAAGUUCAGCAGUGCAGCCUUGAUAUGUCAUCUGAACCCAAGGAGCCUAGUGGGAUGAAGGCAGAAUCGCAGAGAGAGAAAGGCUUCAAAACCCCAGGGCUGAGAGGCGUUCAGACAACCACUCUGUUUCGUGCAGUCAAUCCAGAGCUCUUCAUUAAGCCAAACAAACCAGUUAUGGCCUUUGGACUCCUAACAAUCUCACUGUGUGUGGGGUAUCUUGGUUAUCUUCAUGCCACUGCAGACAAUCAAAAGGACUUGUAUGAGGCCAUUGACAGCGAAGGAGUUCAUUAUAUGAGAAGAAAAACUUCUAAAUGGGAUUAAAGCAGGACAAACCUUUUUUAUUGAAGAAGAAAAUAUAUGGGCAUGUGUCAAAGUGCAGAAAGCUUAAAAAGCCUCCACAAGAGAACGAUGGACCACAACAAAAAGCACAAAAGAAAUUGGUUUUCAUGGAGUUAAAAAAAUCAUUUACAUAUUUCAAAUAAAAACAAAAAUCAAACUAUUCACUUAUUUCCAUAAAUAUACAAAACUCUAUUCAAAAGCUAAAAUAUAAUUUAUGAAUAUUAUGAUAGACUGCUAGUGAAAACAGUAGUCAUGAAAUGUGUUUGGCUUUCUAUAUUGAUUGUGUUUUUCUGCUGUUUUUUUUUUUUUUACUUCUGGCUAUUUAAAGGCAACUUCCAUGUUGUCUUCUUAUCAAGGUCCAUGUCCUAUGUUAGAGAAGUAAUGGAAGUUUACCUUUUCCAGGCAGGAAGCAUGAGUUUAAAUAAAAUAUCUGAAGCGCAAGAAGACACACAGAUCUACAUUAUUAUAGUUAUUAAAUACAAAACAAAGACCCUUGCAAGCAUCAGAAUUUCUAUCCAGUUCAGAAGAGACAGCUUGUAAGUGUUAAAGAUGGAUGUUGUGUUGGAGCCUUUAAAAAUAUUUUAACCACCACCUCAAAAGAGUGAGUGCAAAACAGUUCCUCUGUUAACCUUUUCAGAUGUCAUUGAUCAGUUUUAUUUUUAGACAAUAAUAAGCCAGUUUGAAGCACCAAUCAAGUGUGGUAAGCAGGUUCUGGAAGAUGGUUUGUUAUCUAAUAUAAAGUACAGUGUUCACACACUUCAUGUAUUAAAUACCAAAUCCUUUA